AUGGAACCUCUUCGCACUGCCCCCGAGGCAUCCUCUUUCGUUCCUAUCGCGGAACACCAGUCACGGACACCGAGCUCAUUCCACGAGGGACCCCCAGUGCUUCACUACCACAGCCAGCGAUGCAAAGUAGUAGUUCUCGAGGGCGAUCUAUUAUCCAACCCGGCUCUGAACGCAUUGCGCGGCGAAGUAGCAGCCAACGGAACCAAUGCGCAAGCUGAUGGGGAAAGUGAAAUCUCCAUCGAAGACGUGGAUACAUGGGUUGGAUCUGAGAAAUUCAUCCUCUACUCCCCCAAAACCUCAACCGGAAUCUCAAUCCCCUACCCCUCCAUCUCAGUCCAUGCCAUCCAGCGCCUCACCCCGCCCGGCUCCGAAACUUCAACCCAACCUGAAGUCCAAGGGCUAUACAUGCAAAUCGCAACACAAGCCACUCCCUCCGAAGAAGACGAAGAGCAAUGCAUAACUAUAACAGUUAUCCCACCGCCUCAAAGCGCAGAAGAACUCGCCCAAAACACAGAAGAUGGGGACGAGCCAGAAACACCAAUCCAGACACUCUACAGCGCUGUCUCCGCAUGCUCAAACCUUCACCCUGACCCCGUGGAGCCAGGUGAUGAGGAAGAGGACGAGGAGAAGAGCUAUUAUCAGCUUGGAGGAGAGGGUAUUGGAGGAGAUGAGACUGGCGAUGGAUUGCCGCCUCCUGUUGAUGGGAGCUCUGGGUGGAUUACGGCAGAGAAUAUGCAUGAGUUUAUUGAUGAGGAGGGGAAUUGGAUUGCGGAGGGUGAGCCGCCUGCUUUUCCGUUGGGGCCUGGGGCAGGGAAUGUGCAUGAGCGGGAGAAUGGAGAGGAUGAAGAUGCCGUUGAGGAGGAGGAUGAGACGAAGUGGAGGCGGACGGAUUAA